GAAAAUGCUUAGAUAUGCCAAGGCUUUGGAAGACGACUUGCAAUGUUCUUUGCGUGGUGUUCUUAGCACUGGCAGAUAUAUCCUGAGCCAGCAGUAGACAUCACAUAGGUUGUUGUGCAGUUUCCAGCCAUGUCAGAAGGCAAGGCACUGAAAGUCCGAGUGACUUUUGUUAUUAUUUUAGUUGGCAUUGCUUUAAUGUUUACAGCUGUGGUGACGGAUCACUGGGCUGUGCUGAGUCCUAAGGUGGAGAAGUACAAUGAUACUUGUGAAGCAGCUCACUUUGGGCUAUGGCGGCUCUGUACAAAAAGGAUCUACAUACAAGAAGGAGAGCCAGGCAAGGAGAAGGGCUGUGGGCCAAUCAGCCUACCAGGAGAACACAACUGUUCGUACUUCACACACUUUGCCCCAGGAGAAAGUACAGAAAUAUUUGAAGUAACAACACAGAGAGAAUACAGCAUUUCGGCAGCAGCCAUUGCCAUUUUCAGUGUUGGGUUUUCCAUCAUCGGAACACUUUGUGUCCUCUUAUCCUUCAGAAAAAAGAUGGAUUAUCUUCUUAGGCCGGCAUCUAUGUUUUACACCUUUUCAGGUCUAUGCAUUAUCAUUUCUGUGGAAGUCAUGAGGCAGUCCGUCAAAAGGAUGAUUGACAGUGACGACACUGUCUGGAUCGAGUACUACUACUCUUGGUCUUUUGCCUGUGCCUGUGCUUCUUUUGUCCUUCUGUUCAUCUGUGGGAUUGCUCUUCUGUUCAUCUCCUUACCUCGCAUGCCCCGGAACCCUUGGGAGACCUGUAUGGAUGCUGAACCAGAGCAUUAAAUACCUCCUUCUCAGGUUACCACUUAAGAAUGAUCACCAUUGAUCACCUAUAUAUUGAAGAUAAUUUUAGAUGACAGAAGAUUCUUUGGGUAAUAUUUGCAUAUUAUCUUUGGGUAACAUCUGCCUAUAAAAUCAAAGGGGAGUUUCAUAUAAUGUACUCUUUAACAAAUAAAAAGGGUUAAUAUUACCAAUUAAGAAUGCCAGUUUUGGUAACAUAU